UUGGAAGGAAAGGGCGAGCUCCAGGGGGAAGUGAGACGCUUUUGACCCCGGCGGCUGCUCGGGGUGAGAGGUCAGAGUUGAGUGUCGGGCCCGAGUCGAGUUGGAAUGGAGGUUCCCAGCGCUUUGCUUGUCAGCUGCUGCCCUGGUUUUGUGGAGGAGACGCUAGUGAAAGAUAUUAUUGGAAGAGGUGACCUUCCUGAACAUUUUGAUCACAGGAAUGGAGUUCGGUCCUAUCCCUGGACUAUUGAUAACAAGUAUUAUACUGCUACUGUUCACCUGUGUGUGGUCCCCAACAAAUUCAUCCUGACAAAGGAGAUUGCUGACUCGGUGGAGGCCUUCUUGAUUUAUUUUGACAGCACAACAAAAACAGGACUUGAUGAAGUAUCCACUUGGCUUCCUUUGACUCAAGAAUGGACCCCUGAGGUUUUGAUUCUGGUGUGUGACAGAGUUUCAGACAAUGGGGUGAGCAGACAAGCAGCACAGCAAUGGUGUAUUAAAUAUGGAUUUGAAUUGGUGGAGCUUAAUCCAGAAGAAUUGCCAGAUGAAGAAGAUGACUUUCCUGAAUCCACUGGAGUAACAAGAAUUAUUCAAGCUUUGAAUGCAAAUGUAUGGUCAAAUGUUGAGAUGAAAACAGAUAGACCUCAAGAUUUUGGGAUACUUAGUAGUUUAACUGGUGUGCUUGAGAAUUGUCAAACAGAAGAUGAUUCGCAGGUGGAAUACCACAGCCUUCCAGAACUUGAUGCUGAAUCAAUUGCAGAAGAUAGAGAUGGAGUGGCAGCUCUUCAGCCAGAUAGUCUCAUGGUAGAUCCUAUGUUGCAUUUGGAUAUCCAAGAACUCGCCACCCUUACCACAGGCGAGGUUGACUGUGAAAACUUUGAGCGUUUAUUUGAAAAGCUGAAAGAAAUGAAAGACAAAGCAGCAACAUUACCUCAUGAGCAAAGAAAACUGCAUGCAGAAAAGGUUGCUAAAGCUUUUUGGAUGGCUAUUGGUGGAGACAGAGAAGAGAUUGAGGAACCAUCUGAUGAAGAGAGUCACUGAGAACCUGAUUAUUUUCAGUUGAAAGGUUUUAUUUUGUGCAUAAGCCAGUGUUCUGCUUGGAGGUCUCGCUGAACAAUUCACUUCCAGGGUUGUCAGGUCAAGACUUCUCAUGCAAGUCAAUGUUUUGAAUCAACUGAAUGAUAGAUCCAAAUUUUGUUUUCCCCUUUCCACACUGUACUUUGUGUAUUAGACUAAACAUUUGAGCUAAGAAGUCCUGUAGGAGGAAAUGCUACUGCCUCACCACCUUUCCAGACCCUGGAUAAAUGAAUUGAUUCUGGUUUUGGUAUAUUUUGAGCCUAAUGCACUCGGUCUUAUCCCAAGUCUUUGCUCUAUUUUUACCAUGCAGAGAGAAUUCUGUAUGCAGUAGCUAUGCCACCUGUGCACUUGUUUCAUUGAUGGACUGUUUGGAGUAACUAGUGCCAGACCAAUUUCAAACACACAAAAUGCAGUGUUACCAUGAUGAACUGGUUUGUUUGUAAAAUACAUUGCAAUAAAAUAAAUCUAAGGUAAAGUUAGCCCAUUUGUACAGGGAAAAUUAACUGAGAUAAAUGUCAUUAUUCCUUGUAUACAUCCAAGGAACUAUCCUUUUUCUUUGGCUACAUGUCAGGUAUAAGUGUGCAUUGAAUCCUAUGCUGAUUACCACACAGUUAGGCAUUUUUACUCUUACAUUGGAAAAAGAUGGAAAUUCAAACAGAAAAAUUGCACUGCUGACAAUCAGUACUUCAUAUAUCAAUGAUGCAAGAAAGUCAAAUCUCAUCUAUGGAGGUAAUCAUUUUUUUUAAAAAUUGGUCUGUUUAUUGUUGGGAUCUAUUCCUUUUGGAGCUAACUGCUGGAAAAUGGCAAUGCAAUUGAUGAAUGUGAGGUCACCAUUGUAAACCUCUUGCCUCUGUGGAAGCUGCCUUCAAAUCCACUCACUCCAGACAGAUAGUACAACUGAGUGUCCUGGCCCACAGAAGUACUGUGAGAAAUCCAUUUGAACUGUCUGAUCAAAUUUCUAGUGUAGCCUAAACUCUCAGCACAAAAACUACUGAGAACAUGGUGCCAAAUUGACUCAAAAGCAACAUGGUGAUAUAGGAAAUGAGAAAAAUAUUGUAUUGGUGCAAUGAGAUCAACUUGAGGUUGGUACUCUGGUACAUGGUUGAGAGCCAAAUUCCCAGCGAGUUUUGAGAAGAUUUGUAGCUCAGGUUGAGAUUCUGAAUGCAGAUUUGCUCACUGAGCUGGAAGGUUCAU